UUGAAUUGAAUGCCCCGUUUUUAAUUCUCGCAACUCUCCACACUUCACCACUUUUGAUCUUCAUCCGAAUCUUCAAUCUUCCACCGCAUCUUUUCUUUUACGACGAUGAUGAUUUGUUCGAACCCUAAGCCUCUUUUGCACCUCUCUCUCCUUCUCCUUUCGUUGCUCUUCUCUUCUCCGAGGAUCGAAUCCCUCAGAUUCGACCUCCAAUCCAGUCAUACCAAAUGCAUCUCCGAGGAAAUCAAGAGCAAUUCCAUGACCGUCGGAAAGUACUCCGUCGUCAACCACAACGACGGUUACCCUUUGCCUGAUUCACACAGAGUCACCGUUAGGGUAACAUCGUCUUAUGGGAACAACUAUCACUAUGGAGAAAAAGUUCAGCAAGGGGGGUUUGCGUUUGUGGCAGUUGAAGCUGGAGAUUACAUGACAUGUUUUUGGGCUGCGGAUGCUAACCCUUCCACAACUAUGACAGUUGAUUUUGAAUGGAAGACCGGUGUGGCUGCCAAGGAUUGGUCCAAUGUUGCUAAGAAAGGCCAAGUUGAUGUGAUGGAGCUGGAGCUAAAAAAGCUGUAUGAAACUGUUAGUUCCAUUCACGACGAGAUGUUCUAUCUUCGCGAAAGGGAAGAAGAAAUGCAGGAGCUGAACAGAACAACGAAUACAAGAAUGUUCUGGUUGAGUUUGCUUUCGCUCAUAGUGUGCCUAUCAGUAGCAGGAUUGCAGCUAUGGCACUUGAAGUCCUUCUUUGAGAAAAAGAAACUAAUCUAAAAUUUUGCUAAUAGCUGUUACAUGUUUCUAGUGUACUCUUGUAACAUAUACCGGCUUAAUUUAUCCAGAGCAUAAGCAUAAUGUUAUUCUGUAAAGUCUUUCAGAAUGUUACCUUUGAUAAAUGCAAAUCAAAUUUACGUCAA